AUGGAUAUAAUAAAGGAACAUCUGCUGGUACCUGCUAAAUACAUGAUAUUGACAGAUAGAAGAAUUUGUCUGACAGUUCACAGGAACUGGCUCGCUCGUUUGCUAAUGGUUGGCCCGUUUUCGUUUAUCAAUCAUGAUCGAAUGUCCGGUGAUGAAAUUGCAGCGCAACCUACUCUCGAAGAAUUAGGCUGCGAUUGGAUGAGAAUUUAUGCAAAAGUAUACAUAAAACAGCACAAGAAUGCAAUUCCUCUGCCAAGAGAAAGACCUGCUACUAGCACAAAGAAUCAAGCUGAAUUGAUGUUUGCACAGUUGUUGCAUUAUGUAGCUGAAACCAAUUAUCGAAAUUUGUGGAAAGAAUCAUACAAGAAAUAUUAUAAUCCCUGGAAUUUUGUUGACCAAAAAGAGCAGUCUAAUAUUACUGCUAAUAUAAGUGAUGUUGCCAUCAUGCAUGAAGUAUUAGCCAGGAUGUAUAGCUGUACUUUGAUACAAGUGCAAUAUGGUACAGUUUUAUCAGUAUUAAAUGGUGCAUUGUCUGAAAUACAUUGUAAUCUAGUACCAGUUCAUUUUGUUGUGGAAACAACAUCUGCUUUUAUAAUUUUUUAUGAACAGACUGCUAAUUAUUCUCUCCGUGAGUGUGUAAUGUAUAGUCCUGCUGCUCUUAACAUAAGUCAUGGAAAACCAUUAUUUGUAGUUUAUCAACUACUGAGGCUGUCUAGAGAUUUGCAUGAUCGUGGUCUUGCAUUAGGAGAAAUUACACUUAGUGAUAUAUUAGUUACAGAAAAUUUCACUAUUCAGGUGCUACCAAAAUUAAGUGACAACAUUUACCUAAAACCUGAGAGUGAACAUAUGAACUCGGCUAUUUCUCAAGAGAGUAAAGAGAAACAUUUUAAUAACAAUACUUACUGUAAGAAAGACAGCAUAUUUCACUCAAGUCACAGUGAUUUUGGAUUAAAUGAGAGCAUCGAAAAAUUAUGUGAAAUGUGGGUGUAUAACUGCAUUAGCAAUUUUGAUUAUUUAACCGCAUUGAAUAACUUGGCUGGUAGACGAUAUGGCAAUCCUAGUUGUCACCAUGUGAUGCCUUGGGUAACAGAUUUUACAUCCAGAAACGGUGGCAAUUGGCGGGAUUUAACAAAGUCAAAAUUUCGAUUAAAUAAAGGCGACAGACAACUAGAUCUCACAUUUGAUUCUCAAUCAACAGAGGUUGGACACCAUGUUUCGGAUGUUCUGUCAGAGAUUACAUAUUAUGUAUAUCUUUCGCGUCGAUACAACAAAUCUGUGCUGUGUAAACAUGUACGACCGUUAUGGGUUCCUGGAGAAUAUCCAGCUUCGAUUCAGAGGUUACAUGAUUGGAGCCCUGAUGAAUGCAUACCGCAGUUUUUCACUGACCCUAACGUCUUUAAGUCCAUCCAUGAGGACUUACCGGACUUGGAAAUUCCAACGUGGGCGACUUCUCCGGAAGAUUUCAUUGAAAAACACAGAGAAGCAUUGGAGAGCUUUUACGUUUCAGAGAGAUUACAUUAUUGGAUAGACUUAACUUUUGGUUACAAAUUAUCUGGCUCCGCUGCUAUAAAAUCAAAAAACGUUUGUUUGCAAUUAGUUGACAAUCAUACUGACCUAACAAAUUCGGGAGUUGUACAGCUUUUUACGCAACCACAUCCACAAAGGAUUAUCCCAUCUCCUUAUUGGGGUAAAGUACCACCACGUCUACGAUCAACAGUUUCAGCUAACAAAAGUAAGAAUGACCAAUCUGCAAGUAGAAUCAGUGAUGAUGAGGGCCACAGCUCUGGCAUUGAAGAGGAAGAACUACCUGCAACGGCGGUGAAUGCAUCAAGAUCGUCACCGCUUGUACUAAGUCGCUUAUUGAGUCGUUCUCGAGGUUCUUUAUUGUCGGAGGAUAAUAUUAAAUCGGAAAAAUCCAUUAGUCAGCCUAUUAUUCUUCCAAAGGAUUUUAAUCCCGUUGCGGCGAUCAUGCAAGUAGAAACUAUGCAUACUUUCAUGAACAAGGUCAAUCAUCAAGUGUACAAACCCGCAAUAGAGUCGCAUGAUUUUCCCACCAACUAUAAACAAAUUGUGGCCGGUGGUCGCAUCAGGGAACAACAAAUACUUGGCUGUUUAAUAGUGGAGAUAUUUCUAGCCGGUAAAUUUCGUGCAACGUGGAACGUCGAGAAAGCAUCCUUCGCGCAGAGAUUCGUGACGUGUCUGAAUACUCUGCGAACGUCGGCGGAUAAUUUACCAAAAUGUAUAAGAAACAUCGUAUCGUUAUUUCUGCAGGUCGACAUUAUGCCUAAGAGUUACAACAUAGGCAAUAUGGAAAUGAAUGAUAUCUCGAUGGUAAACGAGAUUCCUUUUCGUUAUCCAACGAUAACGUACAUGGGUCUACCGCCACCGUCUGCGCAUCAAUUCCUACAACCGAUAUUAUCCGGCAGUCUGUUUCCAUUCUCUAAAUAUUGCCAAUACCUAUAUAACAUCGUGGAGAUGUUACAAGAAUAUAACGGUCUGGUACGAGAAUUAAAUUUUAUUCUGAAGGCCGAGGAUGAUAUGGACUAUGUGAUCAAAACAAAGAUAAAAUAUCUAUGCAAAAUCAGCGAGUGCAAGGUGAGAGCGAUCGCUAGGGAGUUGGAACGUCUGUUGCCUUACGCCGGUGGUGCGAGAGAAGCUACACUGCAAUUAAUAGUUCCUCACAUAGUACAAAUUAUGGAAGAACCUUACAGCGCGGUAUUGGCCGUCUGGUAUCUUUUCGAUCCUAUCGCGAAAACACUGGGACCGAAGGACACAGCCGAAACGUUUCUCUCAUCUAUCACAAAGUUGUACGAGAACGGUUCGAUCAUGGACACCACAUUACAUGCCGAUGUACUGCCUGCAGGAACACUUGCGAAGUUCAGAACUACUCGAUUAUAUCACAGAACGUUCCUGUUGAAACUAAUAGUCAGAUUAGGACUGCGUAGAUUCUUAGACAACUUUAUAAAUCCUCUGGUGGAAGCGGUAGGAGGAUACAAAGAUUAUUUGCAGGACUCGUUCGGCACAUGCACGCAUAGGACUGGCAAUCUCAAGAGCUGUGAUUUGAGCGGACCCUGCAGCGAUGGGGAGGGUAUUUUAUCUCCGUUAGAUGAAGAUUCAUUUGCGGAUUCUGAACAUACUGUUACUUCACCUAUUGGACCGACGACCAAUGAUUAUGUAUCUAAUAUAACGAUGGAUAACGACGUCGAAGAGGUAUUCACGAUGGAGACAGAGGACAAUUUGUGGGUCUCCUUAAAUAAUACUGCAUAUAAUAUUGACUUACAUAUAGAUCUCAACUUAAAUCUCAAUGAUGACUUGAAUGACGAUGCAAACAAAAAUUCGCCGAGUGGUUCCGUCAAGUCGCCGACGAUUCCAAUACCCAAACAAUCAAAUAGUAGCGGUGUCAAGUUAGUAACAGAGUUUAAUAGUAUCGGUUGCAAUGUCGGUAGCAAAACCUCUAGUGAAGAUUUCACUUACAACAGCGCAUACACCACGAAUAUCCAUUCUGGUAGUAAUCACUCUGAAAGUACGAGUGGCACAGACACCACGAAAGAAGACAAUUCUGCUACGCUUUGCUCCGAUCUCGAUAACAAGUGCAGCGUUUCUAUGUCCGGCGAAAGUAUACAUCAAUUAGAUCAUAUUUAUCGAAGAUCUAUCCCGAGUGAAUGUACAGUUUCCGAGAUGAGUGCAGAAUCGGUUAUCUGGCUGUCGCACAGACUCGGCCCUGUGCUCACAGCGCGACACUUGUCACGAAAUCUCUUAAGAAUGUUGACGCUAUGUUACGCUGGGAAGGAAAAUUUGAUGCCAAUCGAUGAUAAUAAUUUCAUAUACUUGGAAAAUAUCACGUGGAAGAAACCAAUCUUGGCCGGUGAUCAAAAUGCUGUUAAAGUAUUAGAAUGCCUCACAGCUAUUGCAGGAUUAUACGGCGAACAAAUUAUAUUGUUGCAAUAUUUUGCACACAUGGUUGAGUUAUUAGCAUUGUGUAAAAGGAAGCUGACGCAGAAUCUGGAGGGAGGCCUGGUAUCUUGCUUGGCUCUAUUAAAUCACAUUACGUCGUAUCUCAGCGAUGCCACUAUAAUGGAUGUUCUUCAUGAGCCAAUCGUUAAAUCCAUACUGCAUCCUACAGUACGUAUACUAUCAACUGCGAGAUUUACAUUUCCAAACGGAACGCUUGCGCGCAUCGCUCUGGCUGAAAAAUGUCUGGAAGCAAUAUUCACUCUUAGUUUACGACUUGGCAGUGUAAUUACAAAAAAUCACCUGGCCGUACCAAUUCAACGCUUCUUUUUGGCUUUCGAUAAAGCUUUCAGCGAGAAUCUGUGUACCGAGGGACUUCUAGAUAAUCUUGGGCAAAAAACAGAUGUAUCUAAUGACUGUCUCCCACGGAUAAGAGGUACCAAUGAUGGACUCGAUAAUAAUGGAAUUUACGUGUGGAAUAAACUCGAUACAGAUGUGGCAGACUCGUAUUCUCCUCCAAUCUUGGAAAACAGCGAUGUACCUGAUUUACAGAGAAACAGAGCGUUUCAAGAGUUACGAGCUGUGUUCACCAGUGAAUUUGCUCACAAAGCAUACAUGCUCUUUUAUAGAUGCGUUGAUAGUGAGAUGAUGGAGCAGAUACUUAAAAAUCACGAGCAUGUACAGGAGCUCUGCCAUGAUUAUGAGCAAGGAAUAAAAGCGACGUCUCAAAGCAUCGAUAAUGCAGACAAGUGCAAUACGUUGCUUCCUACAGACUGCGAUGUGAUAGAGAACGUAGAGCUAGUCGACAAAGGUGUUUGUAGUUUCGGAAAUAUAUCUGUGAUAGGGAAUCGAUUCGAAAUACAAAAAGACGAUGCUAAAUCUCAAUCUGCGACGGAGGCAAACGCCACCAUAAAUCGUGAGACUUGUCUGCCAUCCGUUGGCAGACAAUUACGUGGUAAUUGGCUGGCCUAUUGGGAGCACGAGAUAGGAAGGCCGGAUAAAGAUACAAUAUUCAAUAUAAAGCAGAUAAAGCUUCAGACUUUUAGCGGACAUACGAAUAGUAUAAGGUGUCUCUAUGUGUUGGACAACGAAAAUAGUUUUAUGAGCGGCGGUAGAGACAAAACCGUGAAGUUAUGGAGUUUACGAAGCCAGGGCGAUGGAAAUACAGUCUCGUCAUGUCAAUAUACGUACACUGGACACAAAAAGUCUAUCCUUUCGCUUACAUUCCUGGAGUCUUUAAGAUACGCAGUGACAUGCGACGGUGUCAUCCAUUGUUGGGAUCCUUUUAUGGGUUCACUUCUGGGAUGUCCGGAGAGCAGCCGUCCCGUUCCUGUGAACACUUUAGCUUCGAGCCCUUCUCCAUCUACGACUCUUCUUGUGGGAACAACAGACAUCACUCUUAGAGUUAUCGAUUGCAGAACAUUCCAAUAUGUCAAUGAGAUGAAGGUUUCUAUGAAUCCAACUGGAUUGAUAAGAUGUAUCGCGGUGGCACCUAGUGGUUACUGGGUCGCUCUUGGUCAAGCAUCGGGCUUCCUAACGAUACUUGAUACUCGCACUGGUUUGAUUAUCGCAUCUUGGAAGGGACACGAAUGCGAGAUACUGCAGUUAGAAGCGAUAAACGAGACCACUAUAGUCAGUUCAUCAUUGGAUCAAACAAUUGCAGUGUGGAGUGCAGUGGAUGGUAAACUUAAGUUUCACAUGAAAGGCGCUACGGAACCCGUUCAUUGCAUGGCGACAUAUGAACAGGAAUUAGUAAUAGGAACAACAGCGAAUCGAAUUGGUGUCUAUACCGCCGUAGAAAUGACAGCAUCGUUCUCUUCAUCGAAAUUGAAGUCUGAUGCUUUUAAAGGUGUUCUUACUGCCAUGGCUGUCCUUCCCCUUAAUCGGUUACUUUUACUAGGUGCCGACAACGGUGGUAUAACAUUAUUAUGUUAAGAAUUCCAUUAUUUAUACGAAGAUACAUAGAUGGCUGCGACAUUAAUUAUAUAAUUAGGUUAAGUAGAAAAUUAUUUACAUAUAUAAUUUAAUGAAGAAUGUGUGUAUG